AAUGGAAUCUUUUUGAAGGAAAAAAAAAAAAAAAAAAAAAAAAAGAAAAAAGAAAAAAAAAGAUUGUUCGAGUACCAACCUUUCUUACGCGUUUUUUUUCGGUGUCUGAAACGGAUAGCCGAACAACAAGGAUGUCCUCACCACCUGAAGAUAAUGGUACACAACGAUCUCUAUUCCGUUUCAGGUUUCUAUGCCGCGGCCCCACAGUUGGAUCUAAACUUCGUUUUACAAUCUUGCAAGGCGUUCGAGAACUCGGAAGGAGGCGGUAACAGGGAGGCGGCGGCGGCGGCGGCGGCGGCAGCGACGACGACGACGACGACGACGGGCCAGCCAGAUUUCGGUGGCGGUUACGUGACGCCCCUGCCUAAUUAUCACGCGCAAGCUGGUAGGCAAAGGAGCACGUACGCGAAAGGUAAUUUCGCGGAUUGCUUCAGAAAGCCGUUCCCCUGCCCGAAAUGCGGCCGUUGCUUCACCGUCAAGGGGAACAUGACCAGGCACCACAAGUACGAGUGCGGCCAAGCGCCAAGAUUCCAGUGCCCUUACUGCGAGUUCCGUAGCAAACAAACGUCCAACGUAAUGUCCCACAUAAGAUCGAGGCACACGGGCCAGAAAGUUCACGUGGUACAUCUCAAGUACGAGAAUUGAAGGAUAUAGAAGUCGGCCAUCCGGAGAAGACGCGAAUUAUUAUAGUUAGGGAGAGAGAGAGAGAGGGAGAGAGAGAGAGAGGAAAAGAGAGAAAGAGAAAGAGUGAGUGAGAGAAAGAGUAUGUAUGCGCGUGCGCGUGAGAGAGCGUGUCUUAUUUGGGGGGGUCGUUUACGUUUCGCUGUAUCGUAAAAAAGGUGGCCGAGAAUGGUGGGGAUGCGAGUAAUCGGCUUAUUUUAUGCUACAAUUGUGUAUAUAAACGAUUGGCCGACUCUUCGCGCAAAUGGCUCCCUCCAUCCGUGCCUAUGACGGAUUCGAUCUCCAUUCCAAACAGUUGACAGUCGGUAUGCAAUAGGUCCUUUCCCCAAUCCCUAAAUGCUAAAUCUCACGUUUCGAGUUGUAAUUAAUCCCAAUUCCCCGGAUCUUAAGCUUUAAAUUCUUAAAUUAAUAAGAAUCGAUGCACACAAGGCAUUCUAGAUCUUCCAAGUUCUAAACUUGGAAAUAGUGUUAAGUUUUCUUAAGCAGCGUUCCAUCGAAUGGAAGGA